CUGCCUGCCUGCCGGGACAGACACACAGACAGGACGGGAUGCGGGACUGAGCAGUGCCGCUACGGGGCUCUGGCUUUUUUUAUUUUUCGACUAUGAUUUUCGUCUCCGGGCGCUCUGAGGUUGAUGAAGGGUUUUUGUCAGACACAGAUCCCCAAACAAUCAGGUACUUGCACGGUGCGUUUGGUGUCGCUUCGGUUAGUAUGAGACUCUGAUGAGUGCGGAGAGGACAGGAUGCCCGCCAGCGGCGCCGACUCACUGAAACCCAGCGCCUUCAUCCCGGUGUGCACGGCCGCCUGCCUCCUGGUCGGCUCUACCUCCCUGUUCUUCGUCUUCACAUGCCCGUGGCUUGCUGCGACCAUCUGCCCUGCUGUGCCGCCAUGCUGUGCCAUCCUCUUCCUUUUUGUGCUGGCCAACUUCACCAUGGCAACCUUUAUGGAUGCCGGUGUGCUCCCAAUGGCAAACGAGGACGAGGACAAGGAUGAUGAGUUCCGCGCUCCGCUAUACAAGAACGUGGAUGUGAAGGGUGUCCAGGUGCGGAUGAAGUGGUGUGCUUCGUGUCAUUUCUACAGACCCCCACGCUGCUCCCACUGCAGCGUCUGUGAUCACUGUGUGGAGGACUUUGACCACCACUGUCCCUGGGUGAACAACUGCAUCGGGAGGCGAAACUACCGCUACUUCUUCCUGUUCCUGUUGUCACUGACAGCUCACAUGAUCGGCGUCUUCACCUUUGGCCUCAUAUACGUCCUGCACCACAUGGAUGAAUUAUGGAAGCUGCACUGCACUGUCACUUUGGUAGUGAUCAGUAUAUCAGGGCUGUUUCUCAUCCCGGUCCUCGGGCUUACUGGAUUCCACUUGUACCUGGUGUCCAGAGGACGCACCACCAACGAACAAGUAACUGGGAAGUUUCAAGGUGGCGUCAAUCCUUUCACACGAGGUUGCUGUAACAACCUGGAGUAUCUAGUCUGCAGCCCCAUCUCUCCAAACUACACAGCGAGGCCCUGUAAGAAAGCAGUGAUCCAUGUUCAGCCUCCGUUCCUGAGACCAGAGAUCGACAGGCAGAGGCCGGUGAAAGUCAGGGACAACGGCAUACAGAGUCAGGAUCUCCAAAAUAAAAGAACCUCAGCCGGAGCUGUCGAGCUGUCAGACAUCAAACAAAUGAAAACUCCACCACCGCUGCCACCAAAACCAGACCACAGCCUGCUGAAGAGCCAACUAGCUGUCAUGGAUGAGAUGGGACACCACACCAAAUCCAUCAUUCCUGUAUCCAUUCCCACCGUGCCGCAGCUACGGCCCGUCCUGGAAGCUAUAUCCAGAGGAUCGUCACCCAUUCCCCCAGAGCAGUUGCUGAAGACAUCAGAGCAGCAAGGGACCAACAAAGGUCCUGACCUCCGCUCUGAGUCCAGAGAAAGCCCGGGGAGAGGCAGCCAGCAGGCCGGCCAUCCUGUUCAGGCCAACACCAUCUCCAGCUCGCUGCAGCUCAACUCUCUGACGCUUAACUCGCGCUCUCUCACCCUCAAACACAGCAGUCGGCACGGCAGUAAGUCCCAGCUACCUGCCAUGCAUGGUGACAGUUUGGGAUCCAAUCCCCCACCGGGGAUCAUCAGCUCUUCCAGCCUGCUGGCCAACCACAGCAGCUAUGAUAACCUCAUUAACCCUGCAGACCCUCAGUUCUUGGCUCAGAGAGGGGCUCCGUCAGUCGGCUACCACCCUCACUUCAUGACUCUGGGCACAGAUGGGACUGUGGUGCAGCGGCCCCCUCCUCACGCUUACAGCCCCGUGUUUAUGGGUGUCACCAGACAGUCACCUCAGCCCCGAGACCCCUCACCUUCAUUGCAGGGCCUCACCUCAAGGGAUCCCUCACCUUCAUUCCAAGGUUUCAUUCAAAGAGACUCUUCUCCAGGUUUUCAAGGGCUGCUGCCGAGAGACCUUGCAUCCCAAAGCAUAACAUCACGAGACCUCCCUCCUCCAGGUCUGGCGAUGCGCGAUAUGACCUCUCAAUGUCUUCGAGACAGCCUUCGCGACCUCGGUCCACAGGGUUUGACACCUCAGAAGUCUGCCGCCGCACGCUAUGACAACUUUUCAAAAACCAUCAUGGCAUCAAUCCACGAGAGACGAGAGAUGGAGGAGAGGGAUAGGAUGCUGCGUCUCCAAGCCAGAUCCCAGGCACUCUACGGCCCAGAUGUGGGGAUCUAUGACAUCCCCAGCAGGAGGAGCCUACCACCAGACAACAUCCGACCUCCAGGCUCCCGUGGACCAACUCCUCCGGCCUACGGCUCUAGGGAGUUUCUGAUGAGUACAGGUAUCCUCGGUUAUGGCAUGAGGACCUCGCCUCUCUCCAGCUCUUCCACGUCUUCUCUGACUCGAGGCCCAAAAACGUCCAGCUCUCCUCUGCAGAGCAGCAGCAGCAGCAGCCUGCAGAGCAAGGGCAGGUCUUCCUCUCCGGCUUACUGCCCUCCUGACAGACAGACUCAACCCCUCCCUUCUUCUACAUCCACCCUGCCCCGUUUACCCUCCUCCUCCACCUCCUCUGCCCCCUCGUACGCCUCCUAUGCCACCGCAAAACGAUCCUCGCUCACAUACUCCUCUGAGGGAAAGGACUCAGUCACCCUGGGAGCCCUGAAAUGAAAAAAAAAAAUUACUCUGUGUUUCCGAUGGUGUGAAUGAAUCAUCUAUGCAGUGUUAGUCUCAGUCUUCACAGCUCCAAAAUACUUUGUAAAUAAGAGGCCAUAUGGGACUUUUCCUGUGUGGGAGAGCAUGUGAGAAUACACAGUGAAGGAUAGACUUAGAAAUAUUCUUGAAAUGUCAUGCAAGUUUGACCAAAUCCGCAAAACGGUGAAUCUCAGGAUAGUGGUGCCUCCUCUUACAAACAGAGCGAGCUCUAUAAACUCAGUCAAAGCAGAAGAGCUAUGUGAAGAAUACAGAUUAACUUAUUAUCUGUUUUUAUGUGUUUUGAUAUUGCUUUUGUGAAACAACGUAAUACCACAUCAUGUAAUAUGUGUCCUGCUGCAAAAAAAUACCCAUUUUAAUAGAAUUUUGUAGUUGUUUAUAUGAAUAAACUUAUUUUGUAAUUUUCA